UUCGAAGGAUUUAACUUUUGGAAUGUAUAUAGACCACAGGCCUGAGCUUGAUGACGACUGCCAGCAGUGAGCUCUGGGAGCUGUAGUUUUAGCUGACAGGAUAAUGGAGGAGAAGAAUGGGAACGUUUGCAGCUGACAGGAACCCCAGAGACAAAACCAAGACGCCUUAUUUUGGGGGAGACGCGGUGUGAGCGGCGCGCGGUGAUACUGGGGCGCGAGCCACCACCGAUGUGGAACGCGGUGUCGGCCAGCAGCCCGCACAGGGUUCUCCCAGAAUGCCGGCUCGUGCGGGGCUCCGCCCUCCCCGCUCCGUCUCAGCCUCACUGAUGUCGUGGCGCUGUGAGGAAGGCUGGGACCAGAGUUCAACAAACAAGAGGGUCUCUAUCAAUUUCCUAAUACCUGGAGUGACAUCGUCAUAGCAGUACCAAACUAAAUCACACUGCUGGAAAAAUGAGGCGUGCAGGCUUGGGGGAAGGACCUCCUGCCUAUGCUGGAAGUGGUUACAGUGUGUAUGAAGAAGAAAAUGAUAAAUUAACGGAGGGCCUUCGAGAAAAAGUGACUGCAUUAAAAACUCUUUCCAUUGAUAUUGGAACUGAAGUGAAAUACCACAAUAAGCUCUUGGAUGAAAUGGAUACAGGAUUUGAAUCUACAGGUGGACUAUUGGGAGCAACCAUGGGUAGACUCAAACACUUAUCCCGUGGAAGCCAAACAAAACUGUUAUGCUACAUGAUGCUGUUUGCCUUUUUUGUAUUCUUUGUACUUUAUUGGGUUAUUAAGUUGAGGUGAAAUAAAUUUGUGCCACUCCA